AUGUCGGCUGCGAUCGAUCUCCGCGCUGCGCUGUCAGCGGCCUGCAGGGCUGCGCUGAAGACGCACGCUGCAGCGGGCUUGGCUCGGGGCUCGGCAGCAGCUCGGCUGCUGAAGGCCGCGGAGGACCUUUGCCGCACGGCGACGGCGGUGCUUGAGGCCGAGGCGCAGCCUCGGAAGCCCGCGCUGGCAUGCAGGUGGGAGCCCGGGGUGUUCGCCUGCGGAAGCGACGGCAGCGGCAGCGACCGGGAAGACCACGGCUGGGCAGACGGGGCGGUCGCCGGGCUCCGCUCCUGGAGACGUCGUCAGACGCGGGGCGGGGGCGUCAGCGAGGACCAGGGCUUGACGCUCUUCCUCGGCAUCCCCGAUGUUGCGCACGUGUGCUUGGCCAUGGAGACCGGCACAAUGCGGGCCGAGAGCGGCGAGAUCGGCGACGAGAUGGGCAGCGGCAGCAGGGGCGGCCGCGAGGGCGCGAGCGGCGUGUGCCUCUUGGCGCCCGACGCCGGCCUGCUGGCCGAGGUGGAGGCCCAGGUCGACCCUGCUCGGGACCUGGAGGUCCAGGGCACCCUGGUCGAGGACGUCUUCGGGGGCCGGUGGUACAAGUCCUGGACGCCCGAGGAGGACGCGCUGACCCGGGCGCUGGCCAGGCGCGGGGCGUGCUGGACGCACAUCGGUUGCGCCUUCAAUUUCGAGGUGAAGAGCGACAAG